GCUGAGCUGUGCGUCUGUGACCUGCUGGUGGCACAGUGUGAUGUCAACUGCUGCUGCGACCCUGACUGCAGUACAGAGGACUUCAGCCUCUUCACCACCUGCUCCAUCCCCCUUGUCACAGGUGACAGCAACUUGUGCAGGCAGAAAGCUGCAGUGUAUUCUCUUGAUGUUGAGGCAAAUCCACCAGCAAGGAUAUUCAGACUAACUGAGCAAGUCAACCCCAGCAUAUUCUGCAUUCAUGCUACAAACUACAAACAAGCUCUCUACCUCAGGACCCCCGAGAUGCCAACUCCUGAAAACUUUGAUCAGCUGCUCCAAGAGUUUGGAAGUGCUUCUUUCAGUGCUGAGCCUGACAGCUGGAAUGUGGGCACAGAUGCUCCAAGCCCUCCCGAUGCCAAUGAGACUCACAGAUAUGAGUUUGGGGUUCCUGUGCAGACAGAAGAUGCAUUUCUAAGACUGCCCAGUGCUGUUGUCUCCUCCUGGUGCUCUGAUGCCAAUCCUGCAGGGUUUUUAGUGAACCAGGCUACAAAGUGCAUUAGAUCAGUGAGUGUGGAGGGAUGUGAGAGCAUUCCAGCACUCAGCAUGCUGUUCUACAUCAACUCCAGCAUCCUGGCAGUGCCCAAAUCAAGUCAGAUGGUGAAUAUUACUGUCCAGUCCAUAGCUGUUCAGUCUCUGCAUGGAACAAGGACCUUACUGAGCAGCAGUGAUGUCCUCAGGCUCCCGAGGAUUUUGGAUGAGCUGUGCAUAAAUGCUGUUCUUGGGGUGAGUUAUCACAUUACCUACACCGACACAGGAGAAAUAAUAGAAGCAGCUGCUGCUUUUGUCUUGGGGGCAAUUAAGAGAGAAGCACACUCAAUACAGCAGAGCUUCGAAAUCAGCUUCACUCAGGCAAAUACGGAGCCAGUUCCUCUCAGUGGCAAUCCUGGUUACGUUGUUGGGCUGCCUGUAAGAGCAGGAUUCCUGCCCAAAGGAUCUGGCAUCACUCAGAGCACCAAGAGGCUUGGCCAGCUGACUGUUGUGCAGAGUGUCUCCAACCAGGACUGCCUGGCAGCACGGGGGGCCAGGGCCCCAGUGCUCUUUGGCUACAACAUGGUGUCAGGCUGUAAGCUAAGAAUCACAGCAGCUAUGGAAUGUCAGCCUUUGGCUCAGACCCUGCUGGAUAUGCUGAAGGGCCAAAGCUUUCCGGAAUUCGUGGCCUCGUUUGGAAACUCCCAAGCCCAGAAUGUGCUUGACUGGGUGCCAAUAACUCACCUCCACAUCUCAGAGCAGAGCUCCUGCCAGAUCCCUGUGUCACUUGGGAUAGAAGUGAAGUGGACCAAGUACGGAUCCCUGGCCAAUCCCCAGGCCAGGAUAGUGAAUGUUACGGCAACCAUCACCAGCACCACUCUGGAGCAGCUUCCCUCAGGAAAGGAAAGGACUAUUGCUGUCACAAGUUCUGUUGUGUUCACUGACAUUUCCUCACCUGCAGAGCCAGGCUAUAAAGCUUGGCCCACCAUAAACAUCAAGUUACCCUUUGAUUUUUUCUAUCCAUUUGUCUAA